CUAAAGCUAAAAAAUCCAUGGUGGUAACAAGGAAGACGAAGAUGACUCAACUUCAUCUCCUCUACUUGUUCUUGUUUCUCUGUUUCUCUACUCUCACUCUCUCUUCUGAACCCAGAAACCCUGAAGUGGAGGCGUUAAUAAAUAUAAAGAAUGGUUUGCAUGAUCCUCAUGGAGCUCUGAACAACUGGGACGAGUUUUCUGUUGAUCCUUGUAGCUGGGCUAUGAUCACUUGCUCCCCCGACAACCUCGUCAUUGGCCUGUUAUUGCAGAACAACAACAUAUACGGCAAAAUCCCGCCGGAGCUCGGCUUUCUUCCCAAACUACAGACUUUAGAUCUCUCCAACAACCGAUUCUCCGGCGAAAUCCCCGUUUCCGUCGAGCAACUAAGCAGCCUUCAGUAUCUGAGACUGAACAACAACUCAUUCUCUGGGCCCUUCCCUGCCUCUUUGUCUCAAAUUCCUCAUCUCUCCUUCUUUGUUGCUGGGAAUCCUUUGAUUUGUAGAAUCAACCCACCUGAGAUUUGUUCCGGAUCAAUCAAUUCAAGUCCUCUUUCUGUUUCUUUGGGCUCAUCAUCAGGACACAGGUCUAAUAAACUGGCGAUAGCACUCGGUGUAAGCCUUGGCUUUGUUGCUUUACUAGUCCUUGCUCUCGGGUCCUUUUGUUGGUACCGAAACAAACAAACAAAGCUACUGAUCCUUAACUUAAACGCAUAUAAACCAGAGGAAGGGCUUCAAGGACUUGGGAAUCUAAGAAGCUUCACAUUCAGAGAACUCCAUGUAUCUACGGAUGGGUUCAGCUCCAAGAACAUUCUCGGUGCUGGUGGAUUCGGUAAUGUGUACAGAGGGAAGCUAGGAGACGGGACUGUGGUUGCAGUGAAACGGUUGAAGGAUGUUAAUGGAACUUCAGGGGAUUCGCAGUUUCGAACCGAGCUAGAGAUGAUUAGCUUAGCUGUUCAUAGGAAUCUCCUUCGGUUAAUCGGUUACUGCGCAACUUCUGGUGAAAGGCUUCUUGUUUACCCUUACAUGUCCAAUGGCAGCGUCGCCUUGAAGCUUAAAUGUUACCAGAAAGGAGCUAUGCUUGAAUGGGUGAGGAGAUUGCACGAAGAGAUGAAAGUAGAGGAAUUGGUGGACAGAGAACUCGGGACUAACUACGACAAGAUUGAGGUCGGAGAGAUGUUGCAAGUGGCUUUGCUAUGCACACAGUAUCUUCCUGCUCAUAGGCCUAAAAUGUCUGAAGUGGUAUUGAUGCUUGAAGGCGAUGGAUUAGCCGAGAGAUGGGCUGCUUCGCAUAACCAUUCGCAUUUCUACCAUGCCAACAUGUCUUUCAAGACACUCUCGUCUCUGUCUACUACUUCUGUCUCAAGGCUUGAAGCACAUUGCAAUGAUCCAACUUAUCAAAUGUUUGGGUCUUCGGCUUUCGAUGAUGACGAUGAUCAACAGCCUUUAGAUUCAUUCGCCAUGGAACUAUCCGGUCCAAGA